CGAGAUCUCUGCACAGAUGACUUUGACAUUUCGUAACGGCGACGUAACGCGGGAAAAAAUCAUUUCAAAUUGUGUUAUUCACGAUAAUUCCAUAAUAUUCAACAAAAAUGAAUGAGUUAGAUGGCUUUCUUCCUGAAAAUUCACACGAUAAACAUUUAUCUGUUUUAGAUAAAACAACUUUUUAUCAAUAUAAACUCUCUCUGCAAAGUGAGUCAAAUAUAACAUCCCAAAUCCUGCUGAAAGAUGUGUGGAAAAGAAACAAAGAAUUACUUAAUGGACCUGCUUUUAACCACAUCUUGGAUUCGGCGAAUUCUUUGCUACAAAAUACUGAUACAAGUACCAUGAAGACAUGGCAGAGUUCUUUGAAUAAAUACGAUGCAGUGACCGCAUUUGAACGCCUAUUGCCUCCAUGUAGUCAAUGUACUGCUGAGACCCACCAUAAAGGUCUGAAAGUAUUUGAGAAAACUGAAUGCAGCUGCAACUUAGGUAUAAACACCAAACCUAACGAAGACCUUGAUAAUGUCUCUCAGUCAAGUCAAAAGUCAGAUGAAGGCCAAAAAUUAUUCAAACCAAGAUUCGGACGUCCGAGACAAACAAAAAGCAAUCAACCUUCAACUUCUGGGAAUAAUGUAACAUCAACGUCUACAAAUGUUGUAACUUCAACGCCUGCAAAUGUUGUAGCAUCAAUUCCCACAGAAGAUGUUUUUAUGAAAGAAGAAGAAGAAAACAAAGCUCAUAAGGCUAAUGUGGCUAAACUAACAUUUAAAACAGCCAAGGAAACUCUGUUAGCAUCUAAUCCAGCAGCAAGGCGGACUCUUGGAGCCUCCAGGAAGGCUCAGGCAAAAUUUAUUUCACCUAUGCUUGGAGCUCAGGAGAAGCAAGAGCAAGUUGAAACUGAGAUCACAGAUGAGAGAUUAAAACACAUUGAUCCUAAAAUGAUUGAAUUGAUUGAAAGCGAGAUUAUUGAUAAAGGCACACCCAUAAGUUGGGAAGACAUAGCUGGCCUUCAGCUAGCCAAAUCGGUGAUCCAGGAGGCAGUUGUGUGGCCCCUGCUUAGACCUGAUAUAUUCACUGGUCUGAGACGGCCACCUAAAGGCAUACUACUGUUUGGACCACCUGGCACUGGGAAGACAUUGAUUGGUAAAUGUGUAGCGGCGCAAUGUAACGCCACAUUCUUCAGCAUAUCGGCUUCGUCGCUGACGUCCAAGUGGAUAGGAGACGGUGAGAAGAUGGUGCGCGCGCUGUUCGCCGUCGCGAGGUGUCAUCAACCAGCGGUCAUAUUUAUAGACGAGAUAGAUUCGUUGCUGACUCAGCGCAGUGACACGGAACAUGAAGCCACGAGACGCAUCAAAACAGAGUUUUUGGUGCAAUUUGAUGGCGCGUCUACUGCCGAGGAAGAUCGCAUCCUUAUAGUGGGUGCUACAAACAGGCCGCAAGAACUGGACGAGGCAGCAAGAAGGCGGCUCGUUAAACGAUUGUACAUCCCACUGCCUGAUGUGGAUGCUCGUAAGCAAAUAAUAACAAAUUUGCUAAAGAAUGAGAUGAAUGAGCUCGAUUUACGCGACAUCGGUGAGAUAGCAGCCCUCACGGACGGGUACUCCGGCGCCGAUAUGAAGUCCUUGUGUUCAGAGGCGGCGAUGGGGCCGAUACGGUCUGUACCGCUAUCGCAGAUCGUCAGCAUCGAUCGGGAUAAGGUUCGUCCAGUCUGUGUACAAGAUUUCAUCAACGCCCUACAACGGGUUAAACCCAGUGUGUCCCAAGACGAUUUGGGUCAAUAUGUUAAAUGGAAUAAAACUUAUGGACAAGGAUUUUAAUAAAAUAUAUGAUUUUUAAAUA